AUGUAUCGUGGAUCACCCACGAAACUUCAUAACCAUGUAUCAAGACUUUUGGCAGGUGGCAUUUAUAAGUCACCACCAGUUUGGUACCCAGUUAUGAAAGUUGUUCCUCCUGGUUCAAGUGUUCUUCGUUCCCCACUUCAAUUUCGGGAAUCUUCUUUACCACAAACCCAGAAUGAAAGAGUAAAAAAAUCACCUGCUUUUAAACAUUUUCGAACAAAAGUAGCACGACCUCAGAGGAUUGUAUAUGAAGAAGAUUCUUUACGACGACGAUUUUAUAGAGAUCAUCCUUAUGAACUAUUAAGACCUCAAAGCUUAAUAGAAAAAGAAGAACCUAUAAGGGAAGAUUGGAACACUUUAUUGGGUACUAAACAUCCUACUCAAAUUGAUGGAGAAAGUGUGAUAAAAUAUCAGAUUUAUCUAAUGUCUACCGGAAUGUCAAAAAGUGAAGCAUAUGCCCAUGCAUGUAAUGAAUUUUAUGCAAUUCGUGCGAGACAAGAAGUAGCAGAGCGUGUCGCCGAAGAACAAGCAUUAGCAUUCGGUGCCAAGCGACCUUUGUCUCAAACGGAAAAGGCGUUUACUUUUUCUGCUUUGAAAGCUGUCCUAGGUGAUCAAAAAAUAAUGGAAUGUAACUGUCUUAUACAAGUACGUCUGGAGGGUCGUGAUACACCUAUAGACGUUGAAUAUUCUCAAGGAACUUCUGUUCAAGCUGUGCUUGAAAGAGCUUGCAAAACUUUGUGUAUAUAUGAUUCUUGGAAUUACGCAUUAUAUAGCGAACUUUUCAAGACAUGGCUAGUUGAUACACAUUUGCUAUCAUCUUAUCCCGAAGAGGAUACUUUGAUAGUUCGUAAAAAGACACCUGAAUACCUUGAACUUGUAUAUAAUGAAGAAAAUCCGAAAAAGCGUCACUUACCAACAACAACAUUAAGUCCGAAUUCAGCAACACAAACGAAACGAAAGGGAGUCUUCGGUGGUUCUAAAAGCGUUAAAACAUCAUUGAAGACACGCAUUCAAGCAGAAACAAUUUACUUGACCACAAUAUUAUUCACUAGUGAUAAUAAGAUAUUAAUAACUUCUGGUAGUAGUAAAAUGUUUCCUACUAUUGAAGUUAUACGUGAUGAUAAAAUUUUCUCUAAUUUUGAGAAUGAUAGUGAAGAAUUUGCUCAUGUAAUAAGAACUUCAUUAGAUUGGUCAACUUCUAAAGAACUAUAUAAUGACUCAUCUAGUAGUGACUCGGAUUCUUUUAAUUCUUUACAUUCAAAUUCAAGUAUGAAUGAUUUAUCUGAAGUUUCUUCUAAAAUACCAUUUAAUCAAUACAUUAAUGAUGAAACUUUAUGGUCACGUUCUUUUGGUAAUGCUGCUCUAAAAUUAAAGUGCGAAUUAUCUCUCGAAUCAUUGGGCACUAUAUAUGAACAUGUUGUAAAAAUGUAUUCAUCAAAGUCAAAAUUCAUAGUCGCCCUUCAAUACAUUCCAAAUUGUAUUAAAGAUGAAAUCGCUCCUGAUCUUAUUAAAACUGGUGCUUUAAAGUGGAAAAAUUUUGAUGAAUUAAAUAAUAUUUAUCAUAAAGAUCAUCAUCCAAUUUGGACAAAUUUUAUUGAAAAAUGGUGUUCUAGACAAACUAAAUUAUCUCCUGGUCUUUAUUUAGGUGUUUUAUACACUGAAAGUACAUUACAAGGUAUUAAAAUUUUAGUACCAAAAGAUCGAAAACAAUUUAUUCCUUUAGGGAAAAUUCGUGAUGAAGCAAUGAUAACUACUGAAGAAACAAGUUGGAUUAAAUCUUUAACUUGUCUUAGUCAAAAUUGUUUUAUGGAUUUAGUUACGGCAACUAAAGGAGAUUAUGAUAAAUCAAUUUUAGGUCAAUUUCAAAAUUCUUUUAUAAAUACUUAUCAUAAAUUACAAAAUGAUACCAAUCUUACAUGGGAAGUAAAUGAUAUAUAUUGUGAACAAACCGUAGAUAUUUAUUUAGAUUUAAGAACAAAUCAAUUAUAUACUAUGACAAGUGAACUUGAUGAUAAUGCUAUUGAUCAAUGUGGAACUUCACUUCAUACUGAUGUAUAUGAUAAACUUGGUGUUAAAAAUAUAAAUUUUAAUAAACGUGGUAGUAAACAACAAUCUGAACUUUUAUUACAACGUGAUGAUAAAAAACAUUUUUUUAAAUCACAUCCAUCACGAGGAACAUCUGAUGGAUCUCAUAGAACAUUUGAAUCAAUUAUUUCACAACAGGAAGAGAUGAAAUCUAAUUUAUCAUUUAGUUCACUUCCAUUUGAUAAAAGUAACCCAGAUUCUGAAGAAGAGGAAGCUGGAUCAAAUGUUAAAACAUCUACUUCAACAGGAGCUGCAACUUCUGUUUGCGAAGAAACAAUGCCAUUAUCAGCUUCUCAUCCUUUCGGUAAUACUAAUUCUAUUAGACCUUUUAUUCGUAUAAUAUUAAUUGUUAAACCUAUGCGUCAAAUACAUCAAAUUAACACGCAUUACGCUUCGCGAUUAUGCACGUUAUAUCCAUUUUCAUUAUAUGAUGCGUUACAACAUGCAACCUUUAAUACUUCUUUAUACGCUUGUUCUCGUCGAGCUAUGCAAAUAUUACAAGCCAGUCGUACUUAUUUUGCUCAUGAAUUAGUUAAGCAAUUGCAAACUAUUGAACAUUUCUCAGAUGUCAAUGAGCAAAAUAUUGAAGAUAUCCUUUUUGAUCCAGAAGAAUUUCAUAAAGUUCCUGAGGAAACACGUAAAUUAAAACAAUCUCUUGAUAUAAUCCGUGAUGAAAUUGGCACUUUGAGACAACAAUGGAAUUCUGCAUCUUGGACAAUGACUGCUAUUGAAUGGGAUCGUCAAAGAACGAUGAAAUCUUAUAAUUUUGGUAGAUCAAUGACAAAGAGUAUUUCUAGAAAAUCUGUACUCUCAAAUCGUUCUACCUCAAUUCAUAGUUCUAAUAAAGCAGGUGAUAUAAUAAAAAGAAAAGGAUCUGAUACUGCAUCUCAAAUUGAAACUCUUCGAGAUACCAUGUAUCAUGCUCCUGAUCGUGCAUGGAAUAAUAUUCGUCUCUUAGGUGUUAAUAUACCAAUAUCCGAAAUUAAUAAUGAUUCUAUAAAAAGUAAGCAUUCUAGUAAUAAACAAAAGAAACAAAAUAUCAAGAUAACAUCCAAAGCUCAGAAAGCAGCGGCGCACAAACCGAUUCCUCCUAUUUUAGCAUCAUAUUUAUCAUCAUCACCCACCUCCCAUUCGAGAAAUCGAUCAUCAAUAUCAUCCGUGUCUUCGGUCGUUGAUAAUCAACAAAAUAAUCCUAACAAAGUGACACAACAACCAAAAAAGAAAUCUGGAAUAAUGAGAACUCUUAGAUUAGGUAGACGUAGCCAAAAUAAUAGUGACUCUGACUUACCAACAACUGUCAGUCAACAAAUGAAUAAACUUUUUGAUAGGGUUACAAAUUCCGAAAGUAAAGUAGAAGAAAUAACCAUCAACAUUCAACCACCAAUUAUACAACCCAUACUUACAUCUGAGCCUAUUUCAUUACUUAUCAAAUCUUUACAUGAUCAAGGAAAUACAAAGUCUGAAAUGGGUCAGGAUGCUAAUUAUUCUAAAAAUCUUGAUGAUAUGAUAAUCAAAUCAAUUGAUAUGGAUAGUAAUAUUAAAUUUAUUAGUGAAGAACCAAGUCAAAUUUCAGAGUCUGAAGGUAUUACAUCUAAAUAUCUAUCUGAAGAUGAUGAAAUUGAACCUCAAACUGAACGGAAUAAUGAAAUUAUAUCUCAAACUGAACGGGAUAGUGAAAUUGAAUCUCAAACUGAACAGGAUAAUGAAAUUGAAUCUCAAACUGAACAAGAUAAUGAAAUUGAAUCUCAAACUGAACAAGAUUAUGGAAUUGAAUCUCAAACUGAACAAGAUAAUGAAAUUGAAUCUCAAACUGAACAAGAUAAUGAAAUUGAAUCUAUUGAUGAUGAUGUUUUAGUUUCAGAAAUUAAUGCAAUUAAUAUUGAAAUAGAUAACUUAUUGGAGGAUGAUACAGGAAUUGUUAGCACUGAAAAUAUUCCUUUUGAUAACGAAGAAAUUACAAAUGAUGAUGCUAAUAACCAUGAUAUGUUUGAAGCUAAUGAUUUACCUUCAGUUGACAAGGAAAAUACUAAAUCUGAUGUUAACUCAAUUCAAUAUGUAAAUUUGGAAGAAGCGGAUGAUAAAAAUACAACAGAAAAGACUAUUAGCACCAAUGCAAAAAUUGCAAAAAUUAAUGUGAAAACCACCGCUUUUGAUAAUAACACAGCUAUAGAAGAUAAUAGCACAGUUACUGAGAAUAACACAGUUACUGAAAAUAAUAUUGUAACUGAAGAUAAUGAAAAUAGUAUUAUGGAUGAUGUUACUGAGUUUAACUCUCCUAACUCAGAUGAUGCAGUACUUGACGCUAUGAUAGAUGCUAUUACUCAUGUUAAUAGUGAUGAGAAUACUAAACGUUCCGAAUCUUCUGCCGUUUCGGAAAAAAUAUUACCAAAUAAUUCAUUAUCAUACUCCACUUCUGAUAAUUCAUUAAAACAAAAUAUUCCUUCAGAAUCAGUCCCAAUAUCUUAUUCACCUCCACAUAUUGCUCAAUCGAUUCCUCCCACACCUUCAACACCAUAUUUUCCAGCUCUUCCUUUAAAUUCAACGGAAGAGUCUACAAAUCCUUUGCAUAUGUUUCCACCAGAGCCUAUUUAUGGAAUGCCAGAACAAUCAAUACCUAAUCUCAGUCCCCAAUCAGAACUUGAAUUUGAACCGAUUAACCCAUUCUUGAUACCACCUAUGACCACAUCGACUUAUAUUUCACCAUCAACGCCUUUGCCAUCUACACCUACUACACCACAAUUUGCUCCAUCAAUGCAAGAUUCAAGGUCAUCAACACCACUAUUAUCAAAAUCAUUAUUUGAGGAACUAAGGCAGGCAACAUCUCAAGGAAGUUUGGAUAAAAAAGAUGUGUGUGAGGAAUUAAAUCAAAAUAAACGAACUCAAUCGCCGACUCCAUCUUCACAAUAUCGACCUUCAUUUACACCACGAGAUUCGCCGCCAAUGUCUCCAUCUUCAUCCGCAGUUUCAAUAACAUCAACAUCACCGCCAACAUCAUCAAAUAAUUCAUAUUUAUCUACAAACUUUUAUUCUACAAGCAUUCAUUCUAAAGCAAGAACACCAACACCAUCACUUAUUUUAUCAUCUUCACAAUUAUCGUUAAAUAUACCUCGAAGCCCUACUUUAUCUCCAACAUCCCCAUACGUUCCUUUAAAUACACCUUCAGAUAACAUAAAAUCGAGACCAUUAAGAAUACCAUCACCGUCGUUACGAAUGCCUUCACCCCUGUUACCAUCAGCACGUCCACCACCACUUCCUCUUCCACCAACAUGGCCAAAACUUAAAAAAACUGUGCGUUCGGAAACUAAAAAGGAAGAGCCGACAGAAAAUGAACUUGAUAAAUUAAAACAGCAGCGACAUUUCAGAUCAAGAAGAUUGGGCCCGUCGAGAAAAUUUUCAAAUUAUCAAGGUUAUUCGGGUCACCCGCGAGUUAUCAGGUUUCCACUGGGUGUUAUAGGUGAAUUCGGAAUAUCAGUAGAUGUAGGAAUCUUACGUGGUGACGAAAUUUUGUGUAAAUUAAUAUAA